AUGGCUCGGACCCGCCGGCUCGCGGCGGCGCCCGGAAUCGCGCGCUCCCGGCCCACUCGCCCUGGGCACCACGGCUGCCUGGCCUCUCGAACCCGAGCGCGGCACGCACCCAGCCCGUGCCCGACUUCGCGCCCAGGCAAGUUCGGGCGCCUCGGGCUGAGCGGGCGCGGCGGCCACGCAGCCAGCCCCCGGCAGCGUGGGGCACACGGCAGCCCCGGGCUUCCGCCGGCGAGCGGGGCCGAGCUGGCAGCGGGAGGUUCCGGGAAGUUGGUCUGCGAGCCUAGAGACCGGCAGAGCCCCACUGCGGGGCUGCUGAAGUUGUGCCGCUGGGGGAGGCGCGUCCCCUUCCCGGCUCGGCGAGGCGCGGGCGCCUUCACGCGCGUGGACCCCGGGACGCGCCUUCCCGGCCGGCUUUGUCCGGUGGAGCCGGGAAGAAAGGGACGAGCGUGGAGCUCGGGCGGGGAAACCGCGGUGGGGUGCAGCAUCCACCUUGGCGGGGGUCCGCCUCCUCCGCGGAAGGACGUGGCCCACAAAGAGCCUGCGGCGGUCCCCGGAAAGUGGCUCUCCCGCCCCAGCCGCGGUCCGCUAGCCCGCCUUCCCGAUGGGGGCGCUUUGUUCUCGGCCCCUGUAACCCUUUCCUGGGAUCCGCCCCGCCGCGCCCGCCCGCACCGGCUGGGUCCUGGGCCGCCGCCAGGUGUCAGCGCCGGCCGCCGGGUGCUCAGCCACAGCCCCCGAACUAGUAGAGACGUUUCCCUCAGCCUCCGCCUGCCUGCCCAGCUCAGCCUUCCAGAGGUGAGGUCACUGCUGGCUUUGGCUCCCCGGGGAGGUGGAGGGUGUGAGUCUCUACCUGUGGCUCUUGAUAGGUUCCAGUGGAACCUCAUUAAUGCACCUUGGCGGGGAGGCCUAGGAAGGAGAGGGCCUGGACAAAGGAGCCGGGAAAGGCUUCGUUUCUGCAGUUUUUAUAGAAAGAUCUUUUCUGUUGUGGCAGAGUUUUAG